AUGACACAACACCAAAAUUCUACGACCCCAAACACUCCACCAAUGCAAUCGCCUUACCUUUCUCCGGCUCCCUCCAAAUCGAUGUCUCCGAUGUCUGCAACAUUUUCCAACAACACUCUUAACGCGUCCACCAUGUCGUACAUGCCUACUUCACUCGAUUCCGGCUUCUUGUCGUCGCCAACUCUGUUCGAAGAGUGGAUCUCGACCGCUUCGGAGAUGGCCAAACCAAUGGACUCGGCUUUCUUCCAGGAAUGGCUAUCGUCUGAUUUCGACAAAUUUCACGAGAGUGAUGACACCGCUUCGCACACCACGCUUAACAGUCAGACCGUGUCUCCGAUUCUAUCGAGUGAUGUAACGAGUCCGAUGACCGUUGUAGGUUUCGAUAAAGUUGGAAGCAUAGGCGAUCUAUUUGGAUCACCAUUGUUUGAAAAUAUCAGUGGCCAUGUCGAUGAAAUGGGCGAGUUGUUUCCAGAGUUGGCAGAGGGAAACGCAGUGCAGGCAUCCAACACCUUUAACAACACAGCUGGAAUCUCGUCCUUGGACCGGCUUACUGGUGCUCCUACGAAUGAAAAUCAGAUAACGGAAGAUUUGGGUGGGAAAGCAAAACUCAAUACGAGAUUGACAAAAAUUGCACCCAAUCCGGGUGUGUAUACGCUUGGUACUAGAAGAAUAGGAGUUGGCGUACACAAAACAUCUGGUGUUGUUUCAUUAACUUCUAAUAAUGGAGUAAUUCAACAGACUUCAAUGUCACGGAAACCUUUUGUUCAAAACGCCCCUUUCUCUCCUUCAUCACCGGCAUCUUCUACAUCGACUUCUAUUUCACUUCCAUCCCGAUCACGGAAACGCUCUAGCUCCGAGAUGCAGAAGUCCUCCGACUCUCUCGCCGAAGAACUGGCCAUCAAGCGCGCAAAGAAUACCGAUGCCGCGCGACGUAGUCGUCUUCGAAAGGUUAUGAAGAUGGAGUCACUUGAAGUGGAAGUCAGUCAGUUAAAAGAAAAGACAAAUGAUUUAGAGAAGAAGAUUGCUACUUCAUAUCAAAAAGGGGAAUCUCUUCAGCUGGGAGGAGUCGGUUACAUUGUCAGUCCAACACAGGCAGCUCGGAAUAUCCAACUAGGGACCGUGUUCUUGGGAAUAGGCUGGGCUCUGUUCGCGUAUAUAUGCUAUCAAAUAUCCAAUACAACGGUCGAUUAUCAGAUUUGGGAUCCGUAUCAAGUGUUAGGGUUGAGCGAGGGAACACCGUUGGAGGAGAUUAAAAAGCAUUAUAAGAAGCUCAGUCUGAAAUGGCAUCCUGAUAAGGUUUCAGAAGAGAAUAAGCAAGAGGCUGAGGCCAUAUUUAUCGAAUUCACUAAGGCAUACAAAGUCCUAACGGAUGAAGAGACCAGAAGGAAUUAUGAAGAAUGGGGUCAUCCAGAUGGGAAACAAGCAUACACAAUGGGAAUAGCUUUACCAAAAUGGAUAGUUGAAGCACAAAAUAACGUAUUCGUUCUUGGAGUAUAUGCGAUUCUGUUUGGAGUAUUACUCCCCUACUAUGUGGGCAACUGGUGGUACACCUCCAAUAUGUAUACGAAGCAAAAGAUUCUGACAAAUACAAUGAAGAUAUUUUUUAAAGGCCUUGACAGAAAGGCUGACAUUAAAUCGUUAUUAGAGCUUUUAUCAGCUGCGACGGAAUUUGAGAUAUUAGUUGAACAACGUCCAUCAGACCAGGUGACUGUGCCAAAGAUAAUAUCUGCAAUCAAAGGCGAGUUGGACAAAAGAUUUGGAGAAAAGUAUGAGCAGAGUAAGAAGUACAAUAGUCCGUACUGUCAGAAAGCACAUGCUUUAUUAUGUGCUCAUCUCUUAAGAGUUCAAGUUGAAGAUGAGAAUCUUUUAAAAGAUCAGAAGUUCAUAAUAGAUAGAUCACUCCAUCUUAUUAAUGGAUUAAUUGAGAUUUCCCUUGCCCAUCAUUGGCUCUCAACCACGAUUUGUUGUAUGAAUUUUGCACAACAACUGGUGCAAGCGGUAUGGAUAGAAGAGAACCCUAUUGUUCAAUUACCACAUAUAACACACGAAACACUUAAAAAAAUACGGAAUAAGAAGAGUAAUAUCAAAAGUAUUGUACAGUUGAGACAAAUGAACGAUGAAGAGAGAAAAGGCGUAUUACGUGACUUUACUGACGAAAAGUAUGGUAACAUACUGCGUGUCAUUCAAACGUAUCCAAUGAUGGAGUUGGACGAUGUUGACUUGAGAGUUGUUGGGGAAGAACACGUGACUCCAGGUUCUAUAGUCACUUUCACGGUGACAUUGAGUAUAAUAGACAGCGGAGAUUCCAAGACUGAUGCUAAAAAAUCCAAAGCAAAAGCCGAAAUAGUUUCAGGAUCUAACAACAACCUACUAAUUCUGGGUGAUGACGAAGAGAAAACCUACGACUACUCAAUAUUUAAAGAAAAAGAUACCGAACCGUGUGUGUUCGCACAUGCACCGUACUACCCUCGGGAAAAGAAACCGUGCUGGUGGAUUUUUAUAGCUGAUGAAAGGCUAAACGCGAUAAUCGCUGACCCAGUGAAGGUCACCGACAUUGUAACAUCCAAAACUAUUAAGCUAAUGUUCCAAGCACCAUUACAGCCCAAUAUUUAUACUUAUACGGCGUUCAUUAAGUGUGAUUCUUAUAUCGGCUUAGAUCUCAAAAAGGAUUUGAAGCUUAAUGUCAGAGACCCUGCUGAUCUUCCCCCGGAACCAGAAAUUGAUGAGGAAAUUUCUGAGCCAGACGAAGAAUCAUUUCAAGGGCAAAUGAAGCUCAUGCGAGAACAAGGUCUUGCAGCAGCAAUUGCUGGUAAUGAAGGCAAGAACGACUCGUCUAGCGAUAGUGAUAGCGAUUAA